ACAAUAUAUACAUCACAGUCCUGCCUUUCCUCAGCCUCCCUGAGCCUCGGCCGAAAGCUCGACCCGCCUACCCGUCCCAGGAUAUCCAGUGAGCCUCAGCGGAUCUAGUUUUCUUCUACUCGAUGGUUUGUGGGCCUCUCGGCCCAACCGUAGCGCGCUUCUGUCGGUACCAGAGUGCAUUGCGACAAAAUGGCUGCCCCCAGACGGCGCUGCACUGGCCUAGUUCGGUCUUUAUUCGGGGCCUGGCAGCUGGGCCCGCAGGCUGGGAGGGAGUGGGUGGCUUCGCCCGGCUCGCUUCUAGGUAACCAGGCGAGGUGCGUGUCCUGUGUCGGGGGUGCCUUUUCCUCUAGUCCCCUCCUGGCCGCCGCUUCUGGUCGCUAUGGUCAGGAUUCCGCCUUGGACCGAAUCCUUGGAUUCUCUCAGCCUGACAGUUCGUUGGCUCCGAGCGUCCCCGCGGUGUCGGUACACAGAGAUGAGCAGAAUCUGCUCUUGGUUCAUACUCCCGACAUGCCUGAGAAUCCACGGGUCCUCCGAGUGGUCCUCUUGGGAACUCCAAAUGCAGGAAAGUCAACACUCUCCAAUCAGCUGCUGGGCCGUAAAGUGUUUCCUGUCUCCAAGAAGGUGCACACCACUCGAUGCCAAGCUCUAGGGGUCAUCACAGAGAAGGAGGCCCAGGUGAUUCUGCUCGACACACCUGGCAUCAUCAGUCCUGUUAAACAGAAGAGGCACCAUCUGGAGCUGUCUUUGUUGGAAGACCCAUGGAAGAGCAUGGAAUCUGCUGAUCUUGUUGUAGUUCUUGUGGAUGUGUCAGACAAGUGGACCAGGAGCCAGCUGAGCCCCCAGGUGCUGCAGUGUUUGACCUGCUUCUCUCAGGUUCCCAGCAUCCUGGUCUUGAACAAGGUAGAUUGCUUGAAGCAGAAGUCAGUUCUCCUAGAGCUGACAGCAGCCCUCACUGAAGGUGUGGUCAAUGGCAAGAAGCUUAACAUCAAGAAGGCUGUACACCUUGGCACCCCCUGCCCCAGCCCUGCAACUAGGGACCCCAAUACUCACUCAGUGAGAAACCCUCAGAGAAUUGGCUGGCCCUACUUCCAGGAGAUCUUCAUGUUAUCAGCACUAAACAACAAGGAUGUGAACACACUAAAGCAGUACCUUCUAGCACAGGCCAAGCCAGGACCCUGGGAGUUCCACAGUGGAGUCCUCACUAGCCAGACCCCUGAAGAAAUCUGUGCCAACAAAAUCAGAGAGAAGCUCCUAGAGUACCUGCCUGAGGAGGUGCCCUACAGUGUGCAGCAGAAGACAGUGAUAUGGGAGGAAGGACCAAGUGGGGAGCUCAUGAUCCAGCAGAACCUUCUGGUACCCAAAGAAUCUCAUAUGCGGAUCCUGAUUGGCCAGAAGGGCCUCUUGAUCUCCCAGAUUGCACAGGAAGUAGGCCGAGACCUCAUGGACAUCUUCCUCUGUGAUGUUAACAUCCGCCUCUCCGUGAAACUUCUCAAAUGACCAUCCUCUGUUGCUGUUCCCAGGGCCUCCCUGCUCAAGCUUUUGGGAGAGUAACUGACUAGAACUACCCUGUGAAAGGAGGGGGCUGCAGGGCUGCUAAGGGACACUGAGUGGCUGCUAGCCAGCCUGGACUUGUUGAGUGUGUACAGUGCCUGCCCAACCAUGUUUUCCGUUGGAGGAGAGAAGCUGCCUUAGCUCAGUUGUCAGUAGUUCCUCUGCCUAGGGUCUCAGCUAUGUAGGUCUUAGAAGUCCAUCCCUGUGGUGUGAAUAGAGUCAUCCCAUUCAUCCUGUAGCAUCGGACCCAGACCCAAACUCUUGCCCUGUUUCCAGUUGUUGGUAGGAAGAACCUUUCUCUUUGUCCCCAAGUUCCUCACUUUGAAGUUACAUAAGGACCUGUAUAUUUCAUUUUUUUUUGAAUGGUUUAUUUAUUUGCAUUGGUGUGUCUGUGUAAGGCUGUUGGAUCCCCUGGAACUGGAAAUAUAGACAGUUGUGAACUGCCAUGUGGUGGCUGGGAAUUGAAUCCAGGUCAUCUGGAAGAGCAGCCAGUGCUCUCAACUACUAAACCAUCUCUUUUCAGUUCCUCCUCCCCACCUUGAGACAGGGUUCUUACUAUACAAUUCUGGUUGACUAUUGCCAUGUAGACCAGGCUAACUUUGAACUCACAGAGAUCCACCUGUCUUGCUUCCUGAGUGCUGGGAUUAAAGGCAUGCGCCACUACUGCUGGCUUCAACCUUUAGUUCUUAAAUGAGAUAGUCCCAACCACCUGUUCACCCAAUUUCUUGAUCCCUCCCACCCCAUCCUGCUACCCAGACUUGGGUGCUAAUAAAGUUAAGUGACAAGUGUUCGUAUUUUUA